CGAGCUGUUUGUUUAUUGCAUUCAUCGGGCAGAUCCCCACGAUGCCACACAGCCACUUACACGCCAUAGAUCUUUGAGGCAACGAUCCUCAGAGAACCUGCCCCGCCGACCCGCGAAAAUAUUCUCCAUCUGCAGCAAUAUUUGGAAAGCACCGCAGAUUCAGCUGGUGGUGCAAUCGCCAGAUAAAUUCUAAUAAAUAGCCAGACAACACAAUACUUGGCAUAAAAAUAAAUAAGAAUCGAAGAACGCGGACGCGGAACACGGAACGAACAACGCUCCGUACGCAUUGCAACACAUUCGAAUUUGGAUUUCGAUACAGUUGAGGUGUCGAGUGCAUUGGCCAGAACCAAACGAGCCAUAAUCCCAUCCCAUCCCGCGGGUCCGGUGCGGUCCCAGAUUCCCCGAUUUUCGAGGCAACAUAGACGUAGGUCGCGGCCAAAGUGUUCCAGGGCAGAGCAACCGGCAACGGGAACCGCGGCGAGGUGUACACCUUUGGCACCAUGGAGGGCGGUUACGUCAACGAAGAGGAUUCAGACGCCAUAAUGGGUGUGGAAAGUCCAGCCAUCAUAUCCUAUUCCAAUCCCAAACUGCAAAUCCCCCUAACGGCCUCUGCAAUUUACGCGCCCACCACAACAUCAGCAGCCACUCCGCCAUCAGCCUGUGCAGCCUCAUCCAAAACCGCAUCCGCAUCUGCAUCCGCUUCAUUAUCAUCACCACCAGGUUCAUCCACAGCAGCGGCAGAAACAUCAGGAAGACCUCCAAGGGGAGGUCCUUUCCAAGGAUUUGUUGCCAAGUUGCGUAGUUUUAAACUAGACGACACGAAAAAUAUAAGAAAACGUUUCCAUUUCGAUUAUAUAUCAAAGGAUAGAUUUUUGGGUGGUCAGCUGAAGACCAAAAAUGGCCAGAAAUAUGUUUUCAAUGGACCUCCAUCGGGGGUCUAUGUUUCCAAGGCAUGCCUGGUGAUCGCCGCCUUCAUCAUGGUGGUGGCCCUGCUCUUCUCCAUUGCAGUCACCUAUUUUGUGACCAGGCAGGGAUUGAACUCCAAGGAAAUCAGUGCCGCCGGUUGCAUCACUGCCGAUCGCAAAGAUGUUAAUGCGACACAGAUUCAAACUGCCGGCUGGAUAAGUGCGAGCUCUCCUCCACCGCCAACAUUGACGCCCACACCCACUCCGUCAGCCACGCCCACUACCAGUGGCCCGCCCAUUCCGCCAAUUGUGGUGCCCGAAGAGAAGAAGAUAGCACCUCCUCCAGUGGGCGACAUACUGGAGGUUAAGCCUGUCCCGGAAGUCGAGGACACCACCCCGAAGCCCGUGGAUCGGUUACUCAAGCUCUACGAGGGAUGGCGUCCAGUCCACUACCAUCUUUUGAUUGAGCCCAGCGUGGAGGCGUCGAUCAGCAACGGCAGCCUCACCAUUGAGAUCGAGCGGGAUGUGUCCAAGGUGACCAGCUGGGAGCCCAUUGUGCUCGAUGUUCACAAUGUCAGCAUCUCGAAUGUGCGAGUGAUCCGUGCCUCCCCCAACGGAAAGGCGAGAAAUGGAUCAGAUGAACAGGAACUGGACUUUGACAGCGACUAUGGCGAUGAAAAUGCCACCUUUGUGGUCAGUUUGGACAAGGCCUUAUCCGAGGAGCCUGGGCUCAAGUUGCUCUUGAGUCUGGAUUUUGUCAGCCAGGUGACGGAUACCCUGCAGGGCGUCUAUAAAACCAGUUACCCCAACCCGAAGAGUAAACAAGUGGAAUGGAUGAUAAGUACGCAGUUCUCACCCAUCGAUGCCCGGCGGGCCUUUCCCUGCUUCGAUCGCCCGGACAUGAAGGCCAACUUCACGAUCAGCAUUAUCCGAAGCACCAAGUACAAGAUGGCCCUGUCCAACAUGCCCAGAGCGCACAGCAGCCAAUACCGCGUGGGUUACGUUCGGGACGACUUCAUGACCACCCCCAAGAUGCCGACCUACCUGGUGGCUUUCAUUGUGUCGAACAUGGUUGAUUCAGGAUAUGCUAUUCUCGACAGCACCAUGCAACCGCAAGUAGAUAUUUGGACCCGACCCAACUUCGUGGACAUGACCCACUACGCCUACAACAUGGUGAGAAAGUUCCUGCCCUAUUAUGAGCAGUACUUUGCCGUCAAGAACAAGAUGCCCAAAAUUGAUCUCGUCUCGGUGCCGGACUUUGGAUUCGGGGCGAUGGAGAACUGGGGUUUGAUCACGUUCCGGGACUCGGCGCUCCUGGUGCCGGAGGAUCUGGAGCUGGCCUCCUCCUCGGAGCACAUGCAGUACGUCGCCCAGAUUGUGGCUCACGAGCUGGCCCACCAUUGGUUUGGCAAUCUGGUGACCCCCAAGUGGUGGGACGACCUUUGGCUUAAGGAAGGCUUCGCCUGCUACAUGAGCUACAAGGCGCUCGAGUACUCUCACCCAGAGUUCCAAAUCAUGGACACUCUCACCAUGCUGGAAUUCAAGGAGUCGAUGCAACACGACGCGGACAACACUUCCCACGCCAUUUCCUUCGACGUUCACACCACCAACGAUGUUCGCCGCAUCUUCGAUCCUAUUAGCUACUCCAAGGGAACGAUUCUGCUGCGCAUGCUGAACUCAAUCGUGGGCGAGGAAGCCUUCCGAUCUGCUACCCGGGAUCUUCUGCGACAAUUCGCUUACGGGAACAUGGAAAGAGACGAUCUGUGGAACAUCCUCACUCUGCACGGCCAUCAACAGGGCACUUUGCCGAAGGAUCUCACUGUGAAGCAGAUAAUGGACUCGUGGAUCACCCAGCCCGGCUAUCCGGUAGUGAAUGUGGAGCGCCGUGGUACUGAUUUAGUCCUGCGCCAAGAUCGGUACUUGCUGCCGACCAGAAACCCCUCGGAUCAGAGCCGCUGGUUCAUUCCCAUUACGUUUGAGACCGAUGAGAUGCACAAGGGUGAUGACAUUCCCACCCACUGGAUGCGAAGCCAGGACGAAGAGGAGCUAGUUAUUAACAAUGUCUUUACCAAGACUGAGAACAAAGGCAAUGUGCUGUACUUGAACUUGAACCGCAAAGGCUACUAUCGGGUCAACUAUGACAUGACAUCCUGGCUGGCCCUCAAGAAGAACUUUUCCAUUCUACCCAGGAUAACGAGGGCUCAGAUCUUGGACGAUGCUUUGCACUUGUCACAGGCGGAGUAUCUGACCUACGACAUACCUUUAACCUUCCUGAUGGAGCUCUUUACUUCGGUGGACGACGAGUUGCUCUGGAGUGCUGCCAAACCUGGUCUCAACUAUCUCAUUUACAACCUCAAAAGGGAGCCUGCCUACGAGACUUUCAGGGCCUUCAUGAAGUUCAUUGUACGACCUGCCUUCGAUAGGUAUGGCCUGAAUGAGCCGGACAAUGAGUCUCAUUUGCAGCUUAAGCACCGAGCUCUGGUUGCAAACUUUGCCUGCAAAUUCAACUACGAUCGAUGCACCCAAGUGGCCCAAAUGAAGUUCCGGGAAUGGAUGCGGGAUGAAAGCAAGAAUCCCAUUAAGCCCAAUCUCAAGUCUGUGAUUUACUGCACAGCUCUGGCGGAAGGCACUCAUCAGGAGUGGUACUUUGCCCACCAGCAGUACAAGAAAACCACAAGUGCUUCCGAGAAGGAGGAGAUACUCAGCUCCCUGGGAUGCACUACCAAACCUUGGUUGCUGUCCAAGUACCUUAACAUGACUAUUGAUCCCCACUCGGGCAUUCUCAAGCAAGAUGGAGCCCUGGCCUUCCGUUCAGUGGCCACCAAUGCCAUCGGCCAUGAAAUAGCCUUUGAUUUUCUCCAGAGCAACAUCAAGGAGAUUGCAGAAUACUAUGGGGAUGGCUUUUCCACUCUGUCCGAGAUGAUCAAGUCGCUGACCAUCUACAUGAAUAAGGAGUUCCACAAGAACCAGCUUCUUGAGCUGGCCGCCAAUUGCCGGAAGUUGGGACUGCCUGCCGUGGCAUCGGCCAUCGACUUGGCCCUGGAACAGGUCAAUAACAACAUAUACUGGCGCAGCCACUCCUACCACAGCCUCAAGGACUUCCUUGAGGGCAUCGUCAGGGAGUUCCAGAUCAACAUAUUGUAGGGAGUGAAAAUUCAAAAUGAUUUCAACCAAAAACACGAUUAGCUACUGUAGCGAUUGUUAUUAUUUGUAUUCAUUCAAAGGCCUCAAAUUAAUUUAAUGAAACGAAUAAUUUGCGAAAAGUGAUAUAAACGUAAGUUAGCGAGCAUAAUUUAGGUAUCCGAUAUACUUUUUGCAAUUGUAUAUUUAUUUAUUUGUAAGUCGUGCUUUUUCUGCUUCUUGGCAUUGCUCUGCAACGUUCCUACUAAAAAUAGAACAACUUUAACUGAAAAUUAAAAAUACAUAGUUCGAAUAACUUAAAUCAUCGUCAGUUUUUGUGCCCCAUAUAUGUAUAUCAAGAAAUAUCUAAUGCUGCUUGUGUAAAAUCUGUAUUACCUAAACUAAUGUAUGAUUGUGUCAAGUACUUUACUUUCGUACACCUCUAGAUCCUAAGCGUAUAAAUCUAGCACUAAGUGAACCAAAAAUCUAUUUUUUAGUCGUCAGUCCAGAAUCAACUAUGGGAGUGGAAGGGACAAGAGCACGCUUCGAGUUUUUAAAAUGAUAUUGAGGGGAGCCAUUGUGGCGGUAACUGAGUGUCCUUAAAGCAUGGUUUAAAUUGUUGUUAAAGGAGAAUACACCACAUGCACACAAAUAUAUAUUUAUUAUUGUACGAUUACCUAUUGUGUAUUUUGUAAAGCCAACACCGAAAUACUUUUAUCGCUGCUGCACAACCAUGUAAAUAAGUUUUAAAGCUUAAACUUAACGUUUAAAUAAACUACUAUGUAUUUACGUAAUUUUAUUUAAAAA